AUGUCCCACAUUCUUCAAAACCUCGGCGCCAUUUCGACUAUCUUCGGCAGGAACGGAUGCAUUGAUGUCAUUCGAUCGGCUGCUGUUAUUUGCGGCGAGUUCGUGGAAUUUGUCACCGAUCCGAAAAAUCUAUUCUUGGCAAUUAUGAAUGCGGAAUUUGGUCAUUUAUCCGUUGAUAUCACCUCGGUCAUGUUCCAAAACGCCCUCAAGAUCUUGUCCCAUGGUCUCAAAGAAGCAGAUGAAAAUGUCGACAUUUCGGAGCACAUCGCUCUUUUCGACAAAUUUCUGGCCUUCCCAAAUAUCGAGAUUCAAGAACGUGCCAGCCUUGCUGUUCAAACAUUGAAAUUGGCAUCGGAUAAUGUUCUUUUAAAAACAAUCUACGGACUUCACGACGGGGAACUAAAGCCAGUUGGACCAAAGGCGCAGAAAAAGGUCCCCUUGCCAAACGGACUCGAUUUAGAGGGACUUAUCUUCGAGCAAAGUGACGAUGAGGAAGAGGAGCCUGAGGAGGAGGUAGAACCCGAGGAAGACAUUGAUGACGCAUUCAAGGAUUACUAUGCCGAAAAUAAUGGUUCCGGAAAAACUUCGCCGUCAGGGAAAAAACUGCCGCUUGGAAAAAUGCGCUUGAACGAUAUUAACUAUUUAAAACUCGACGAUGCAUCCCCGAAGUCCGAAAAGCCAGAAGCAGAGACCGACUAUCAAACAAUUCUUUCCCCAGAAUCAGAUGUCAACACUGUGUUUGGAGGCAUCGGCGGAUCCGAUAAAUACUUGCCAAAAAAGACCAAGAAGCCAAAGAAAGGAAAGAAAACAAAGAAAUCGAAGAAAAAAGCGAGUGAGAAAGUCUCAGAGCCUGAAGAAGACACUCCAGCGGUGGAAAUCAUGAUGGACGAAGAAAUGCCAGAAGGCGCAGAAGACACUCCCGUGGAAUCAGACCAAGACGAUGAUGCUAAACGCUUCAACAUCGAUGUUUCUGAUCUUCUUCAAAGCAAGAAAAAGGUUGAAGUAGCACCAAAGGUAGAUCAGAAGAAGAAAAAGACGAAAAAGAAGAAGAAAACAAAGAAGCUCAAGAGCGAAGAAAUCAUCUCAUCAGACGAAGAAAGCAGCGCAGUUCCAGAAAAUCCUAAAGCAGUUCCGCAUGUCUCCGAGCCAACGCUGAUUACAGGCCUUUUGCCAGUCGCUGACAAUGUCGACAUUUCCGUCUCAAUCAAAUUUAAUGAUCGGGACAGCCUAGAGCUCGUUGUCCAAAACAAGCACAAAUCGAGAGACAUUUCUGAGCUCGAAUUCCUCGAUGAAAAGCGAGAUCUUCCGCGCCAGGGCGAAGUUGCUUUCCCAUUCAGACGCACCGAUGAGAUUGUUUACAAAGGCAAGCUUUGCUACACCAUCUCUUCCAAAUCUAAAUCGUCGAAAGAAAAGAAACUCAAGUUCGAACACAUCUUCACUCCUUUCUUCAAUCUCACCGAGUGGAAAGUCAGCGAUGACGAGCUCGUGGAUCUGAUUCACGAAAAAUUCUUCGAGGUCACCGUCGAGCAGCAGUACCAAACUGAGCUGGCAAGUCUGGAAGAGUGUCUGUAUCGAUUUAGUGGUUGCUACCUGGUGCAGUCAGCGCAGAAUGGUGCGUCUAUCUGCGGGCAGCUAUCGUCUAAUCAGGAGAAAUUCGUGAUGUUGAUCAAGAUCAACGCUGGUCUGGUGAAUGUCUCACUUAAAACUCAAUCCUCCGAUUCAUCAACUACUCUUCAAGCUGCAAUUACUGCUAUUCUGAACUAA